AAGAUUACCCAUAACAAACUUCUACCCGUACCACUGACUGUCACAAACUCAUAUCCUGAUAUACCGUAGUGCCUACCUGUGAGUUAGGUAGACGGUGUAUACAAAGGAUUGUGGCCAUCGUGCUCAUUACACCUCUAGUCCCAGUGUCACAAUUUCCACCCGAAAUUACCUGAGAAAACAACUGGAAGAACCUGGAAUAAAAAAAAAAGAUUAUUCUUUUAUUUCAUAAAUUCCACAGAUAAUUAGAGCGUACACCAUGGACAUUAGCCAGACGCAGCCCAAAACAGCAAAUACGUAUGCUUCAAUAGCUGUACCAAUCAGUGCGCAUACUCCGAGAUCAAUCAGCGAGAGCUCGGAGACGGAACUCAUUCCACAGGUUAAAAAGGGAGUGAAAUCCAAGUUUUGCAGCACCUAUCGUGUGAUUUUGACCACUGUUUUUAUUUGUGUCGUCGUAUGCAUUGGACUUUCAAUUUGCGUUACCAUCCUGUUCACGCGAGUAAACCAUCUGAAAGACAAUAUUGAAAGGUUAAAAGAGCCAAAGGAAGUCAACGAGAAGAUUUGUCAGCGAUGUGAUGAGCUCAAAACAGGUCCAUUUGAUGAUGACAACCCGGUUUUAGGUGUCCUGGACAGAGAGGGAGAUAUCUGUUGUGCAUCUACUCCAAAUCAAAUAAAGAUAAUCUUGGAUUUGAUGUACCAGAGACAGAAGACGAUUUCUGAUAACCUUGGUGACCGAAAUAUUAACCAAUCAAAAUCCAGCCAAGACAAGCCGAGUUCCGGUGUUGUAUCGGCUCAUCUACUUGUUGGACUACAACAACUGAAGGCGACUCGACACGGACCCGAUUCCAUUCGGAACUGGGACCGGACUGAUCGAAUUUCCCACCUAGAAGGCUUAGUGCUUAACAACGACAAACUUUCGAUCCCAAAGAAAGGUCUUUAUUUAGUUUACAGUCAGAUUUGUUUUUCUAUACCUGACACUGGUGAUUUUAUUGAUCGUAACAUUCCCUUUUUAUACCACUACGUCUAUCGGUACAACGUCGUCUACCCAAACGGUGGGAACCAGCUCCUGCUGAAAAGUGUCAACUCUCAAAGGUUAGAUCCUUCUACGGGCUUUGGUGAUCUGACGAGCUACACAUCUGCAGCUCUGCGACUCGAUAGAGGCGACCAGCUCUACAUCAGGGUCUCGAAUAGUUCGUUUGUGUCACGUGAUCAGAAAGCAAGUUUUUUCGGCGUUGUCAAACUAGAUGCAGGUUAAAAUAUGACGACAACAUUACCAGCAAAUGUCUGGUCUAAAAAGUUUAGUUGACAUAUGUACAGAACAAACUAUACUACAGUGAUGUACCUUUAUCGUUAUAUUACGAAGCCUCCUACAUAUGUGUUACUAUCAAACUCAAAGUAUCCUGUAUUGGUCAUCAUUUACCCUCAUUGAUAGUGCUUAUGUUAAGGUUUUGAAAUAAUACGUUAUAUCUGUCAUGUUUGUUUUUAUUGAUAAAAUAAUCUUAUUGUUCUCAAUAUUUGAGUAAAGAUUUCCGAAAAAUUCACUUUACCAAUAUGUACCAUGAUUAGAGCAAUGUUUUAACUUUGUAAUGUAUGAACUAUUAGGGCAAAUACUUCAAUUAUUGUUUCCAUUCCUUUCCGUGGAAGAACAUUUUUGCUUAUAUUUUUGUUUGUUUUGUUUCAUAUUUAUAUGCAUGUAGAGGGUCCUCAAUAUACGAUAUGCAUGUGAUUUACGUGAAUGCUGGUACUCAUACUUUGUCUGCUCCAUAAAAUAAGAAAUUAAAAAUUAAAAAGUUAUGGUCAGACUAAGUUGCAUCCAAAAAACAUUUUAUAAGCUUUGUCAACGUCUUUGGUAGGUCGUGUAUCGUAUUAUUGAUACUGUUGACACCAAUGUCUUAUUAUUGUAAAUACUUUGUACAUACUUGGUUCUCUAUUAACGAAUCAACCCUACCACAUUUGCUAUUCUUUGACCUAUUUCAUCAAUUUUAAUUUUUAUACAUGGUAGGUAUUUAUCUAAUGGCAUUUUAUGUUACCUGGUGACAUUUUGUUGGCGGUAGAUUUUAUAAUUCUCAAACGUCUGACCAAACAGUUCAACUUUCACUGAUAUUGAUAAAAAAUCAAUUCUAAUUCACGCAACACUCAUCCCAUAGGUGAAGGACGAUGAUCUUCGUGAAAACAACUGCGUUAUAUUGUCAAUAUACAAUACUGUACCGCACUUUUUUUCAUAAAAACACGGAUUGCAAUUGUCUUCGACUUCAGUAUAUACCACCGUAAUGGACACCCGGAAGUUGAUGGAACUCCUCUUCCUUAGCAUGUUGUUAACGACAAGAAAUAAAACCAGAGGGCCAGCUUUUUUCUUUUUUAGAGGGGGGGAGAGAGAGAUGAUUUUAAUCAUACUCCCUCUUUAAGUCCAUCAUUUUUUACUAUAACGAGUACCGAAUGCCUGGCAGUCCCGAUCAAUUGCACGUCCAUUGUGUUAAUCAGAUGUCAAAUGCGUAUGUUUUAUAAUUAUGAUCUCAAUGUUGAUUUAUUUUCAAUAAAACAAUAAACAUAUUUUUUAAUUAA